UAUGUUUAACAAAAGUGUCAUUGCGUGGUCCAAUACAAAGCUCAAACCAAAAAUCAUGAAAUCUUCUAAAUGUAAAUAAAUGCUUGUUUAAUCUAAAACAAGGAGGAAAAUGCGGGUUUGGUUAACAAAACAGCACUCACAUAACAAAGCAAAAGGUAAAGGCCACUUGCAUCAGAUCCUUGCUGAGGCCAAAUAAACAUAUAUAGAACAUGAUUUGUGCCAGUUGAAAGUUAAAAACAGUAGCUAUCAAGCAAAAGUCGCUGAAAAAUUGAGUGCUAUACGGUAAAAUAUCAAAGCAAGCAGAUCUGUGGAAGUAGUGAGCACAUACCAUGGCCAGGCAACCUCAUGUAAUGGUUAUACCACACGCAGCACAAGGUCAUGUAGCUCCUCUCAUGAAGUUAUCCCUGCAAAUUGCAGCUCAUGGAGUGAAAGUCACAUUUGUUAAUACAGAAUUCAUACAUGAAAAAGUUAUGGCUUCCCUACCUGCGAAAGCUGAGCAGCAGAGCCCUAUAAGCCUAGUUUCAAUUCCAGAUGGGCUGGAACCAGAAGAUGAUCGACAAGAUUUUGUUAAGCUGACAGAAAGCAUGUUGAGAGUUAUGCCAGGUCAUUUGAGAAACUUGAUUGAGAACAUUAACCGGUCCAAUGUUGCCGAGGAAAUCACUUGGGUUCUAGCUGAUAUGGCGGCUGGGUGGGCACUGGAAGUGGCCAAGAAAAUGCGAAUCAAGCGAGCCGCGGUACUUCUUUCUUCUCCAGCAAGCAUGGCUCUGGCGCUAUACGUUCCACAGCUCAUUGAAGCUGGCAUUAUAGAUACUGAUGGAACUCUUAUAAAAGAUGAACCAAUCACACUCUCAGAGGAUAUCCCUGCCUGGAGUAGCUCUGAACUCUCAUGGAGCUGUUGUGACCCAGUUAUGCAGAAACUUCUAUUUGCAUAUGUUUCUACGGCCCUCCGAACUUGCAAAUUUUCCGACCAGAUUCUUUGCAACACAUUUUAUGAGCUAGACUCAUCAGCCAUGAAAUUGAUUCCCAAAAUCAUACCCAUUGGUCCAUUUACAGCAUGUAAUAAUUUUGAAGCAUUUUCUGGAAACUUUUGGCCUGAAGACUCUACUUGCUUAAACUGGCUUGAUAAACAAACUCCAGGCUCUGUCAUUUAUGUUGCAUUGGGUAGCACAACAAUCUUAAGUCCGCAACAAGUAGAUGAGCUAGCACUGGGUCUUGAACUCACUGGCCUUCCAUUUUUAUGGGUAGUCAGAUCCAACCUGACAGACGGAUCAACAGUUAAAUUCCCAGAAGGUUUCAUAAAUAGAGUAGCUGGUCGAGGAAAACUUGUCGAAUGGGCGCCUCAGGAAAAGGUACUAGCUCACCAUUCUAUUGCUUGCUUCCUGAGCCAUUGCGGGUGGAAUUCCACCUUGGAGGGCCUAAGCACAGGGAUACCCUUCCUGUGUUGGCCUUACUUUGCUGAUCAAUUCCAUAAUAGGAGCUACAUUUGUGACGUUUGGAAGAUUGGCUUAGCAUUGGCUAAAGAUGAGAAUGGAGUCAUAACAAGGAAUGAAAUGAGUACAAAGAUCAAGAUAUUGCUCUCUUCGGAUGGAAUAAAAGCAAAUGCAUUACACCUGAAGGAAGUUGCUAGGAAGAGUGUCAGUGAACGUGGGUCUUCUUUCAAAAACUUUAAAAGCUUUAUUGAACAGAUACAGCAUUAGAAAUGUUUACUGGUUACCUUCUUUUCUGAUGGGCUAAUAUUCCAUCCAAGUGAUUUCUGUGGGUAAUAUCAAGACUUGGA